AUGAGGGAUUCAUCAACUGAAGAAGGAGUCAUAAGGGGGAGAGGACACGAUGGCAUUGAACUGAGAGAAAAAAGGAUAAGAAUGGAUCGAGGGGUUAUAAACAAAAAAAGAGCUUGGCACAGUAGAAGAGUUGCAAAGCGAGAAGCAUCCCAUACAUCCUCUUUUUCCAGACGUUCCAAGAGUUGCUCAUCUGAAUUUUCAGAAAGUGUUUCCCCUGAAUCUGUAGAAUCGUAUGUCUCCGAAUUGUCAAAGUCUGCGUCGUCUCGAUCAGUAAGUUAUCGACACAAGAGAAGGAGGGAGAAUAACAACAGGAAUUAUUCGUCAGAUUGCACGAGCCGUAGUGGUAGCAGUAGUUGUAGUAGUAGCUCAGAAGGGGGAUCAGAAAGAAGAAGAAAAGUGAGCAGAAAAGAUAAAAAAAAAAAAAGAGAGAGAGAACGAGACAGAGAACGAGACAGAGAACGAGACAGAGAACGAGACAUAGAACGAGCUAGUGAAGGAGAUAGCGAACGGGGCAGCGUUAGAAAUGGAGGGAAAAGGAAGAAGAAGGAGAAAGAGAAAGAGAAAGAGAAGAAAAAGGCACAUGAAAAUACCAUCACGGUUAAGGAACUUAAGAAGGAAAGAGAAAAAUUGAUGCAGAAACAUUUUAACUACACGGACGAAUGCAAUCCAUUUGGAGACAACACUCUUUCAACGCCAUUUGUGUGGAAAUUAAAAAAUAAAUAUGAACAGAUAAAAUAUCGCAAUAAGGUGAAAGUGACAACAGACAGUCUACUUCAAAACUCAAUGUCUAAAAUAAGUGAAAUUGAAGAAGUUAAGAAAAGAAGAGAAGAACGGGACAAAGAACGAGCUUUGUUAGAAGACUAUAGGCUCCAGAUGGAAAAACAAAGAAAUCAAAUUAAUAUUAAAGAGCAUAUGGAAAAAGAACAGCUAUUUUUUAUAAAUCAACAGAUUCAGUCCUCAGAUAGCAGAAUAAAACAUAACCUUUUACAGUUACCUGAUAUUUUCAGGAUUGCUGCAAAAAUGGUAAAUCGAGAACACAUAGAAAAUGUGAACCCGCACCACUAUCGUACACCUUUUUAUGAUGUUCUAGAAGGCCAAAGCGAACGAGAACUGGAAAACUGCAUUAAGCAAAUUAAACUACUUCUACAACAUGAUGAACUGUUCAAUGAAGGAAAGUUUAAACGCUACUGGGAGUCACUGUUAUUCUUUUCUGAACACUACCUUUUAGAAUCGAAAGAACAUGAAAAGGGCCCCGUAAAGGAUGAAGCAAAAGAAGCAGAAUUAAAAAGAAUACAAAAAAAAACGGACAAACGAAUUGAUUCUUUUUUUGAAAACAAAGACUAUGAUGAAUUAGUGACAUAUGAGGAGAAAAUUAAAAAAAAAAUUAUUACCCAAGAUGAAUGCAAUUUAGACCAAGUCUAUUGGAAUAAAGUGUUACUUAAAAUUCCUUACUUUAAGGCUAAAAAUGUGUUAACUGAUUUUCACCAGAAAUUGCGCAACCGAAUUUGCUUCGCAGCCAACGAACCCGAGGACCUCGACAGCCAAAAAGAGGAGCAGAUGCACCAUGAACCUAUAGAAGAGGAAGAUGCAAAAGGAAAAAUGACAACAAUUCGACUAGAGUGUAAAAGCCCCCCAUUGAUUUCACAGGAAGAGAAACUAGAAGAAAUGGGUAUUCCAGUUGAAACUCACAUAUACAAUCCAGAUGAAGAACUGCAGGAGAGAAUCAAACUGAAUGAACAAGCAUGGAACACACUCAUGAUGAAUUGUAAAAAAAGAGAGAAUAAUAAAUUUCAAGACGACUUAACUGGGGACAUACAAAAUAAAUCAGAACAACUCCUGUUGAAGAAACUUUUCAUGAAAGAUCAAGAGGUGUAUAACAAUUUUGUACAAAAAGAAAAGAAAAAGGGUAGAGUGGGUGAAAUAAUUAUGAAGGAUGUUCCAACGCAUCAUAUAACACAAGAGGGAAGGAGAGGAGGAGGAGGAGGGGCACAUGCAUCUUUAUUUGGAAAUAAGUUCAAAAGUGGCUUACCAUCUCCUGCUUCUCUUCUUAUAACAAGAAAACCACUCUACUUCAACCGAAUAAAAACGUCAUUCGAUUGGAAUAAGUAUAAUAGAACACAUUAUGAUUAUGAAAAUACACCACCAAAAUAUAUAUGUGGAUAUAAAUUUAAUAUUUUUUACUUGAAUUUAAUUAAUAAAAAAGAAAAACCAUCAUGGAAGCUAUACCCAACUGAUGACGAAACAAAAGUGUUAAUAGUUUUUCAUGGUGGAGUCCCUUACUUAGACAUAGCCUUUCAGAUUGUUAAUGCUGAAUGGUCAUAUGAUAAACACAAGGGAUUUCGGAACGUUUUUGAUAAAGGAAUACUGCAGCUGUAUUUUAAUUUUAAGAAGAAGAGGUACAGGCGUUGA